AUGGCAUGGCAAGAGCCACUGCUCGCGGAGUUCAAGAGCUGGUAUACCGACCAAGAAGGCUUCGGGGGGUACCUGAGACAUUUCCUGGCGCACUAUGGCCACUUCUUUAGGGAGAAGCAAGAGACCCACCUCUUCGUCUACAGCAAGCUUCAUGAGGAGUUCCGGGAGAACCUGGAGAAGGCGGUCUCCGCAUGGCUCGCCGCGAAAGGGCUUGCGGAGUGGCACCUAGAGGCCAUGCUCGAGUAUGCCCAGGAGACCGGAGACGUGGAGACGUCAGGAAUCGUCAAUGCCAUGAUCAGACUCCUCGAGUACCAAACUUGGAUCGAAUACAUCUUCGGACUCAAAGAAAGUCCUGAGAUCCAAGAGCUUCUGGCGAACCAGUGGCAUCAACCUGGAUGGGAUCGCAUUGGAGACAGCGAAGUCGACUGGACGAUCAAGCAGUGGGAGGCAUGGACUGACGAAGAGUGGCAUAGCUGGUGGGCAUCUCGUCAACAGUGGACCGACGAGGAGUGGGAGGAGUGGUGGCAGGGACAGAGCCAUUGGAGGGAUGACUGGUGGGAUGAUAAGUCUGCCCAGUGGACAGACAAGACCUGGAACACGGCAGGGGGCUAUGGGCAAGAUGCAGGCGCGGGCUAUGGUCUGCCAGCAGCUCCUGUGGCACCGGCAGAUGCAUAG